UACCUGUUCACAAUUAACGUAUAAAUUUAACUAUGAAUAAAUUUGCUUUUUAAAAUCAUGUGAAAAAAAUUCAGGGUGAUAAGUUCUUGUAAUUUAACUCACCCCAUGGUGGCGACGGCUACAACGUUGUGCGCACGCCCGCUUUUCUGUAUUCACGCGAAAUACGCAGGACGGUUCGCGCUCUCCCGACGUGGAAUUCAAUUUUUCACUCGGAAGGGCAGUUCAAGAUCACGUAAACCGCCCGUCAGUCGUAACCGAGAGCUCACAGACAAAUAUCUUCACUAUAAUCCAUUAAAAAUGGUUUACCCUACUAUUCACGAUGGCGAAAUCGAGGCGGGUGCAGUUGAAAAGCCCACAGUCGCCAACGUCGGCUCCCAGCUCCAGCAUAUGUGCGGUCUCGACAUUGACUCCAAGUCUUCGUACAUCCGUCUCUCCGGAAUAAUCUGUACUAUUGGACCGGCAUCCCGUAAUGUAGCUGUGCUAGAGAAGAUGAUGGAGACGGGAAUGAACGUGGCAAGGAUGAACUUCUCGCACGGUUCCCAUGAGUACCACGCAGAGACCAUUCGCAAUUGUCGCGAGGCCGAGAAGAGUUACAGCGCUAAACUAGGUUCACCCUUCUCUUUGGCCAUCGCAUUGGACACUAAAGGACCUGAGAUCAGAACUGGACUCUUGGAAGGCGGCGGCUCAGCUGAAGUCGAACUGAAGAAGGGAGAGACUAUAAAGUUGACGACAAGUUCGGAUUAUCAAGAGAAAGGCAAUGCUGAUACAAUUUACGUGGACUACAAGAACAUAACGAAUGUCGUGAAGCCAGGAAACCGAAUCUUCAUCGAUGAUGGCCUCAUCUCUAUCAUCUGUCAGUCGGUCAGCGCUGACACUCUUACGUGUACCAUUGAAAACGGAGGUAUGCUCGGAUCCCGGAAAGGCGUCAACCUGCCCGGCAUACCCGUGGACCUACCCGCAGUCUCCGAGAAGGACAAGUCGGACCUGCUCUUCGGCGUCGAACAAGGCGUUGAUAUGAUUUUCGCGUCAUUCAUCCGCAACGGCGCCGCGCUGCACGAGAUUCGCGGCAUCCUCGGCGAAAAAGGCAAGAACAUCAAGAUCAUCUCCAAGAUCGAAAAUCACCAGGGAAUGGUCAAUUUAGACGAGAUUAUAGCUGAAUCCGAUGGUAUCAUGGUUGCUCGCGGAGAUCUGGGUAUCGAGAUCCCUCCAGAAAAGGUAUUCCUCGCCCAGAAGACCAUGAUCGCCAGAUGCAAUCGGGUUGGAAAACCAGUGAUCUGUGCGACUCAAAUGCUGGAAUCCAUGGUUAAGAAGCCCCGUCCCACCAGAGCCGAGAUCUCUGACGUGGCCAACGCCAUCCUCGACGGAGCUGACUGCGUGAUGCUCUCCGGGGAGACUGCCAAGGGCGACUAUCCUGUCGAGUGUGUUCACACCAUGGCCAACAUUUGCAAGGAGGCUGAAGCUGUAAUCUGGCACAGGCAACUCUUCAAUGACCUUGUGUCCGAGGUGAAGCCGCCGAUCGAUCCCGCGCACUCGGCCGCCAUCGCCGCGGUGGAGGCGGCCACCAAGUGCCUGGCGUCGGCCAUCGUGGUCAUCACGACGAGCGGCAAGUCGGCGCACCUGCUCAGCAAGUACCGGCCGCGCUGCCCCAUCAUCGCCGUCACCAGGCACCCGCAGACCGCCAGGCAGGUGCACCUCUACCGCGGCGUGCUGCCCAUCGUCUACCAAGAGCCGACGGCGUCGGACUGGCUGAAGGACGUGGACAACCGCGUGCAGAGCGGGCUGCGGUUCGGGCGGCAGCGCGGCUUCGUGCACCCCGGGGACAACGCGGUCGUCGUCACCGGCUGGAAGCAGGGCUCCGGCUUCACCAACACCGUCCGGGUCAUGUUAGUACAGUCCGCAUCCAUGCAUACCGACGGCCGAAAGGCUGUUUGGGUUAAGCGACAAUUCGUUCGAUACGGCACUCUUACUGCCGUGUAGGUCACCGGUGCCCUACGCGGCGCACUGAACUAAUUAUGUCGAUUUCUGUUACUAAGCGCCCGAAUUGCCUAGCUUUGCCUUCUUUUGUUUGUUAAUUAUGUUUUAGUCUUUAAAGUCUCUUAGAAUUAAAUUUAUUCUCAUUACCUUCGGCUCCAUCUUUCACAGUCUUUGAAUAAUGAUAAAAAUCAGGUACAUUUUAAAAUACUCUAGUUUUGUCGUCAAUUACCGAAAAUAAACCAAACAUAAGUAUAAAUAUAGUCUAACAGUAAACAUUUUCAAUUUUCUUACCUGACCUUACCUUUCUCGCCUGUAAUGAAAAUACAAAAAACACAUUUAAAGCCCUUAUCACAUAUAUUAUGUCUCUAUUUAAAUUAAUACAUACAUACUUUAACCAAUAUUAAUAUAUUAUGAAAGAUUGAAUUAUUUCUCUUCAUUGAAUGACAAGUCAGUGAACUUGUCUAAGAAAACUCUUUUUAAACCUAAUGACGUUUUUCUUUACACAAAUACAGGGUGCUGUAACCUUAGCAAUAAAACUACCCUAAUUUAGAUCGAAAAUCAAAAAUUAUUAAUUCACUAACUAUUAAUAAUGUAUUGUUUAGUUCAUUGCCUAUACGGCUGAACGAGUUGACGACACCACUAGUACUAAGUGGUUUCCGGGGCCAAUAUAUAUAACUAGUCAGGUCAUAAGUAUUGUCACACAGUAAAAACUUUUCUUUUAGAAUGCUGGCCACAAAAAAUUUUAUUGAAUUCGAAUUUCGAAUUGUUCAUGAAAAUAAAAAUGUAUACUUUUAGAAUUUCACUCAUUUUUAAAUAUGGAGUGGACGCUUAAAGAAGACCGUGUUGCAGUUAUUGCGUUGCAUCGUUGCGGUUACGCGCCAAUUCAAAUUUUUAACAUACUGAAAAUUUUGAAUAUAACCAAAAGAUUCGUUUAUCGUACCAUCAAACGAUACAAUGAAGACUCUAGUGUAGAUAACAGGUCAAGAAGUGGUCGCCCUCGGUCUGUUAGGACUCCAGCAGUGAUAAAAGCUGUGAAGGCGCGAAUUCAAAGAAAUCCCAAACGUAAGCAGAAACUGUUGGCCCUUCAGAUGGGGUUAAGCAGAACCACGGUGAAAAGGGUGUUAAAUGAAGACUUAGGGCUUCGGGCAUAUCGAAGAAAAACAGGACAUCGUUUGAAUGCUCGUCUAAUGGACCUGAGACUGAAGAGAUGCCGCGCUUUGUUGAAGCGGUACGCGGGAAAAAAAUAUCGGGAAAUUCUUUUUUCGGAUGAAAAUAUUUUUACCAUAGAAGAGAGCUACAACAAACAAAAUGAUAAGGUGUACGCACACAGUAGUGAAGAAGCGAGCAACCGUAUUCCGCGUGUCCAACGAGGUCAUUUUCCAUCCUCGCUCAUGGUAUGGUUGGGAGUUUCUUAUUGGGGCUUAACAGAGGUACAUUUUUGUGAGAAAGGUGUAAAAACGAAUGCAGUUGUGUAUCAAAAUACAGUCCUGACGAACCUUGUGGAACCUGUUUCUCAUACCAUGUUCAAUAACAGGCACUGGGUAUUCCAACAAGAUUCGGCGCCAGCUCAUAGAGCGAAGAGCACACAAGACUGGCUGGCGGCGCGUGAAAUCGACUUCAUCCGGCACGAAGACUGGCCCUCCUCCAGUCCAGAUUUGAAUCCGUUAGAUUACAAGAUAUGGCAACACUUGGAGGAAAAGGCGUGCUCAAAGCCUCAUCCCAAUUUGGAGUCACUCAAGACAUCCUUGAUUAAGGCAGCCGCCGAUAUUGACAUGGACCUCGUUCGUGCUGCGAUAGACGACUGGCCGCGCAGUUUGAAGGCCUGUAUUCAAAAUCACGGAGGUCAUUUUGAAUAAACUUUAGUGUCAUAAGAAUCUAUGUUUUGUUAAGUUCAUUUUGGUAUAUGAAUGGCUACAUAAUGAAUAAACUUGUUUCAAUUAUUUUACAUUAAACAUGUGACAGAAUUUAUGACCUGACUAGGUAUAUAUCGGUGCUGUCACCCACUUUAAUACAUGAUGAGGUCUCGUAAGUCCCAAGUGUAUAAUACUUAAAAACGGAACGUAUUACUGCUUAGCAGCUGAAAUAUGUAGGGUGGUGGUAUCGUAUGCCCGUACGACUUCACAAGACGUCCUCUAGUAAUUAGUAAUCCAUCAUUGCCUAAAUAAUUAAAUAACUAAAUAACCUAAAAUGUAAUAAAUAAAAAAUAUGUUCCGUUUGGUUUUUAUUAUACGAUUUUAUAUGAGUUUAAUUUUUGCAAUCGUCUAUGCAAUAAAAAAAAAAUUAAUAAAAUCAUUUCUUUCUUUAUUUACAGUCAAUUGGAAUAAUGACAAAGCUUCAAA